AUGAAACUCGGACAACAGCAGAAUAACGGUUCUGACAAGCGCCUGGUUGCAGCGCUUGUGUAUGCCAGCAGCAUCCAGUCCAACGCGAUCUGGAGAAUCGCAGAUAUGGUAAAAAAGCAGCCAGACAGAAAAGAUCCUGAGACCAAGCAGGGAAAAGAAUCCUUGUUUGGAUGGAUCGUGAUAGAGAGUGGGAGGCAGAAACAAGAGGCGCCGAAGACAGCACACUGCGGCUCUCUGCGCGGCCGUGAUGUCAGCCGGCCGGGAUUUGCCGGUGCCCGAGUUGAUCCGCGAAAGGAUAAAGAGAACAGAGACAGAGAGAAAGAGGGAAACAGAGAGACUGAUAGAGAUAGAGAGACAGUAGUACUCCGUACUUGUAGAGGGAAAGAUAUCAAAGAUAACCAGGGGGCCAAACACAGUAGACAACCAGAUCAGGGAGAUGACAGAAGUAUACAAAGCGAUCCAGCAAUGUGGUUGGAUGCCUGUGUGUAUAGAGUAUUGAUGAUGACUCUUGAAUGGCUGGGGAAUGCGACCAGAGCCGCAUGCGCAAAGGUGAUUUGCUCAGGGAAGAUAUAG